CAUUGAUUCAAAGGGAAGUCAAUCUUGUUUACAAACAAAACGCACAAAAUAGUAUAAAAGAAAUCCAAAUAUUCCAAGACGCCAAAGUCUAGAUCUAGAUCUAAUCUAGAUUCUCGACUCUAAUUAGAGUUGAAAUCUACAUCCUAGAUUAAAGAUAUAGAUCUAGAUAAAGAUCUACAAGUAUAGAGUAUUAUAAUGGCGAACGAAAAUUGUAAUGCCGGAUCUUCUCAUCUUGUAGAUGAUUUUGAAGCCGCUUUUCAGAACUGUGUUUCUCUACUUACAUCCCAAGAAAAUUUUAAUGUUCAGGACUCAGAAGAAACUAAAAUGAGUGUAGAAAAUAGUUUGCAAAGGUUUUUAGAAUCUGCAAGACAAAUGGAGACUUUCUUUUUGAACAAGAGGUUAAUUUUAUCUGUUGCCAGACCUGAGCAUGUUCUGAAUGAAGACAUUCUGGAGCUUAAGGCUGAAUUUGAGAGGAAAGAGAAACUGAUUGAAAAACAUCAUGAAAAGUUGCCCAAAUGGCAAGCUCUGCUUCGCUCCAAUGCAUCAGCCAUGCCUACAAGUCCUUACUCAGGUAGUCAGCCUCAGUCUCAUCAGAAUAUGGUACCGGGCCCACCUAUGUCAACAUCUGUUGGGCCACCGAUGGGGGCCUCAGCCAAUCAGCCAAUGAUGAGCCAACAGAUGACAUCCAUGGCACCUGGCCAAUACCCAGGUCCUCCAGCUGGCCAUCCUGGACAGUACAAUAUGCCACCACCAGCAUACCCCCAGGGACCUCUUGCUUAUUUAGAACGGAUGUAGCUAAGAAUGGAAUGGAAUCUUUCAGUGUACAUGAACAUAUUUCUCUGGACUAAGUUUUUUGUUGUAAGGCUCAAUGUUGAAACCAUUGCUGGGUGAAAAUUGUGUCAUUGCAGUACAUCUGUUUUUGUGUUUAUGCUGAAUGUUUAAACAUUUUUCAUAUAGUAUCCUCAAGAUACAACUUUUAUGUUAAGACUAUGUAUAGACUAUAGAUUAGAUCUAGACUAGAGUCUAAAGUGUGUGUGAAAGUGUGUGUAUGUAUGUAUGUAUGUAAGAAUAUUUCUUCCAGAUAAUUCAUGAGAAGAAUUCUUGUUUUCAAACAUUGUUCUCAAUCAUGAAAUUUUAGAACACCUUUAUGUUUAUACUACAAGCAUCACCAUUCAUUGCUGUUUCAGGCAGUCUUACAGAUGCUGUUUCUAGAUAUAAUGCAUUGUAGGAAAAAAACAUUGUUUCCAGGGUAGUUUUGUUUGAAAAUCUCAAUCUUUUUAAUGAUUUUUUCAAUUUUUUUUUGGUGCCGUUCCUUUAUCUCCCAUAUGCCUUCUCUCAUUAAAACAUUUGCUCAGACUGAACCAGAUAGUGCAAAUCAUUCUGCUCUCAAUAGUAUGAAGUGUUGACAAAUCUAUUGGGUCAGUGGACAUACUGGUAUGUGAGGCUUCUUCCAAUGAUCAUUCUGUUAUAAAGUAGGUUUUAUCCAAAACAAAACAAAAUAUUUUGCUACCUCAUAAAAAGAAAAGUAAAUAGUAUUAAAAAAAAAAAACCAUUGUAUUUAUUUGUAUUUCAGGUUUGUCCGUGGUUGAUACUAAUGAUGUACAUCUACAUAUUUAGAUUUGGAAAAAGGCUACUAAAUUUUUGUAGAGAGCUCUUUAAUAGAUCAGUUUAAAGGUCUUUUCAAAAUAUUUAGUGCUGUUAAUUAAAUAUGCUUACAAUUAAAGAUGUUCCCUUUUUUUAAAAUCUAACCCUCAUUAAUUUUUAAGAGCAAAAUAAUCACUCUAUAAUCUGUAUAAAGGAGGAGUUGUCUCUUUUUUUUUUUUGUAAGUAAUUUUUUUUGUUAAUAAAUAUUUUCUUGUUUGUAUAUGAUCAUGUAGAUUUAUACUAAAUGUUAAAUGUGCGAAAGAAAAUUUGAUGGUCGACUGGAUUUGGGGAAGGGGAAAGUCUAUAAGAGAUAAUGAAAAUAAAAAUUGUUUUAGAUUUGUAUUAAAUAUUUAUUGAAACAUU